GCGGCGAUGCCGGACCCCGCGGCGCACCUGCCCUUCUUCUAUGGCAGCAUCUCGCGCGCCGAGGCGGAGGAGCACCUGAAGCUGGCGGGCAUGGCCGACGGGCUCUUCCUGCUGCGCCAGUGCCUGCGCUCGCUGGGCGGCUACGUGCUCUCGCUCGUGCACGAUGUGCGUUUCCACCACUUCCCCAUCGAGCGCCAGCUCAACGGCACUUACGCCAUCGCUGGCGGUAAGGCGCACUGCGGCCCCGCCGAGCUCUGCGAGUUCUACUCGCGCGAUCCCGACGGGCUGCCCUGCAACCUGCGCAAGCCGUGCAACCGGCCGUCCGGGCUCGAGCCGCAGCCCGGGGUCUUCGAUUGCCUGCGCGACGCCAUGGUGCGCGACUACGUGCGCCAGACGUGGAAGCUGGAGGGUGAGGCCCUGGAGCAGGCCAUCAUCAGCCAGGCUCCCCAGGUGGAGAAGCUCAUUGCCACAACAGCUCACGAGAGGAUGCCCUGGUACCACAGCAGCCUGACUCGAGAGGAGGCAGAGCGCAAACUCUAUUCGGGCUCGCAGACCGACGGCAAGUUCCUGCUGAGGCCCCGGAAGGAGCAGGGCACGUACGCACUGUCCCUGAUCUACGGGAAAACCGUAUACCACUACCUCAUCAGCCAGGACAAGGCAGGCAAAUACUGUAUUCCUGAGGGGACCAAGUUUGACACGCUCUGGCAGCUGGUAGAGUACCUGAAGCUGAAGGCUGAUGGGCUCAUCUACUGCCUGAAGGAUGCCUGCCCCAACUCCAGCGCCAGCGCCAGCUCAGAGGCUGCUGCUCCCACACUCCCAGCUCACCCGUCCACUUUCACCCAUGCUCAGAGACGGAUUGAUACCCUUAACUCAGAUGGAUACACCCCUGAACCAGCACGCCUAGUGUCCGCAGAGAAGCCAAGGCCAAUGCCCAUGGACACAAGUGUGUACGAGAGCCCCUACAGUGACCCUGAGGAGCUCAAGGACAAGAAGCUCUUCCUGAAGCGUGAGAACCUUCUCAUCGCUGACAUAGAACUUGGCUGUGGCAACUUUGGCUCAGUGCGCCAGGGCGUCUAUCGCAUGCGCAAGAAGCAGAUUGACGUCGCCAUCAAGGUGUUGAAGCACAGCACAGAGAAGACAGACAAGGAUGAGAUGAUGCGCGAGGCGCAGAUUAUGCACCAGCUGGACAACCCCUACAUCGUGCGGCUCAUCGGCGUCUGCCAGGCCGAGGCCCUCAUGCUCGUCAUGGAGAUGGCAGGCGGCGGGCCCCUGCACAAGUUCCUGCUUGGGAAGAAGGAGGAGAUCCCCAUCAGCAACGUGGCAGAGCUGCUGCACCAGGUGUCCAUGGGGAUGAAGUACCUGGAAGAGAAAAAUUUUGUGCACCGUGACCUGGCAGCCCGCAACGUCCUGCUGGUCAACCGGCACUACGCCAAGAUCAGCGACUUCGGUCUCUCCAAGGCACUGGGUGCCGACGACAGCUACUAUACUGCCCGCUCGGCAGGGAAGUGGCCGCUCAAGUGGUACGCGCCCGAAUGUUUCAACUUCCGCAAGUUCUCCAGCCGCAGUGAUGUUUGGAGCUAUGGGGUCACCAUGUGGGAGGCCUUCUCCUAUGGCCAGAAGCCCUACAAGAAGAUGAAGGGCCCUGAAGUCAUAGCCUUCAUCGAGCAGGGCAAGAGGAUGGAGUGCCCGCCGGACUGUCCACCUGAAAUGUACACACUCAUGAGUGACUGCUGGAUCUACAAGUGGGAAGACCGCCCAGACUUCCUGGCUGUGGAGCAGCGCAUGCGGACCUACUAUUACAGCUUGGCGAGCAAGACUGAGGACCCCCCAGGGCCUGGAAAGGGAACCGAGACUGCUUUUGCCUGA